UUUCUAGUAACGAAAGAUAGCUGUAGAAAUGAAAUCUCAUCAUUUGCUUAACCCUAACCGCCUUUAUUAUCUUGCCUCGCCACCAGCCGGCUGGCCGUCUACAGACUAGGGUGGUCGAAACAAUCCUACUGAAAUCAAUUCUUGAUCCGCUGCCAUGGGAAAGAACGAGUUCCUGACGCCAAAGGCAAUAGCGAAUAGAAUCAAAGCAAAAGGCUUACAAAAACUCCGAUGGUAUUGUCAGAUGUGCCAAAAGCAAUGUCGAGACGAGAACGGCUUCAAGUGCCACUGCAUGAGCGAAUCACACCAGCGGCAGAUGCAGGUUUUUGGCCAAAACCCUAAUCGAAUCGUCGACGGCUAUUCCGAAGAGUUCGAACAAGCAUUUCUCGAACAUAUGAAGCGUAGUCACCGCUUUAGUCGCAUCGCCGCCACCGUGGUAUAUAACGAGUACAUCGCCGAUCGCCACCAUAUUCAUAUGAAUUCAACUCAGUGGGCAACUUUGACGGAGUUUGUCAAGUAUUUGGGGAGGACUGGCAAGUGUAAAGUUGAGGAAACUCCGAAAGGGUGGUUUAUUACUUAUAUUGAUCGUGAUUCGGAGACCCUGUUUAAGGAGAAGAUGAAGAAUAAGAGGAUUAGGGCUGAUUUAGCAGAGGAGGAGAAGCAGGAGAGGGAGAUUAAGAAGCAGAUUGAGCGUGCCGAGCAGCUGAUGUCAGCUGGGAAUGAGAGCGGGAAUGGGAAUGAACAGGAAGUUCAGGAGAAAAGGUUGUUUGAGAAAUCGGAGGAGAAAAUUAAGUUAAGUUUGGGAUCAUCGUCGAAAAGUAAUUUGAAGGAGGAGAGUUCUAUGGUUGUUUUUGAUGAUGUGGAGCAUGAGACUAAAAGCGACAAGGGGAAUAAGGGCAGUGGAAAGAUGGGGAGCUCAGUGUUGGAUGAGUUGAUGAGGGAAGAAGAGAAGGCGAAGGAGAGGAGUAAUAGGAAGGAUUAUUGGUUGUGUGAGGGGAUUAUUGUGAAGGUAAUGAGCAGGGCGCUGGCAGGAAAGGGGUACUAUAAGCAGAAGGGCAUGGUGCGGAAAGUGAUUGAUAAGUAUGUUGGGGAAAUUGAGAUGCUAGAGAGUAAGCAUGUCUUGAGAAUUGAUCAAGAAGAGCUUGAGACUGUGAUUCCACAAAUUGGGGUACCUGUGAGAAUAGUUAAUGGGGCUUAUCGUGGGUCAAAUGCUAGGCUUCUUGCUGUUGAUACAGAUAAGUUCUGUGCUAAGGUGCAGAUUGAGAAGGGGAUUUAUGAUGGUAGGGUGAUUAAGGCGGUUGAGUAUGAAGAUAUCUGCAAAUUGGCUCAAUGAAAAAUGUUGACAAGAAUGUACUAACUGUAUUGUGAUCAAGUGGUUAUGCACCACCUUUCACGCUACUUGUGCUACUUGUAUGAAUGAGGGGCCUGGAAUUGUUAAGGUCUGGUUCCUUAAGAUCACUUCAGUAAAACUCUUUUGCAUUCUUCAUUAGGUUGCCUGAGUUUUAUAGGACAUUCUUUUUCAGCUAGUAAAUUACUUUUUAGUAAAGUUGAGGGUUGCUUGGCUCAACAACAAGGCAGCAAUGAAAUUCUUUCAUUCAUCUUCUUGUCAGCAUAAAAAAAAAACGACAAAUUUAGUCAGCAUCUUGUUGUCUCAUCGAGCAUUCUAGACAGAAAAUUGCAGUCCUCUCACAAUACCUCCUAGAAGGGAGGAGACAUGGGCUGUGCCUUGACUGGGGUAUUACCAGGCAGGUGUGUAAUCUAGACAAUUCAGAGAAUUGCAAAGUACGUUGUGUUGAGGUUUUUGACACAAUUACAGUGGCAUGAGAGUUGCUCGGUUGGAUAACUGGGAAGUUAUUGUCAGGUACUAUUUUCACAGAACAAGCCAGAUUUAGAAUGAAAACUCCUUAGGUUGCUGCAUAAGUUCUGUAUUCCAAAAUGACAGGCAGUGAAAGACAGACGUGGUGUACCAAAGGGAUAUUUUGAAGUUGGUUUGAGACCCCUGGGCCCUGGCUGCUGUUCUUUCCUUAAAGUUGUAGUAACAUUUACUCAUUGGUUGAAAUUCUUGCAAUAUCUUUUUUAAUUUAUUUAAAUUGUGA